AUGGCUCCCUCCAAGUUCACCUUAAUCCAAUCAAGUGGUGGAGAGGAAGUAAUUAAAGAAGAGGAAAAACUAUGCCAAGAAACCAAGGAGCUAAUUCUCACCCUUCCAAGAGAAAAAGGUUGGAGAACACCUUAUCUCUAUUUAUUCCAAGGCUUUUGGUGUCAACCUACAGAGAUUGAAGCCAUAAACACUUUUCAAAAACACUUUCAAGCAAAGGAGAGUGAUGUUCUUGUGGCUACUGUGCCAAAAUCAGGUACCACUUGGUUGAAAGCUCUUAUAUUUGCCACUUUGAAUCGCCAGCAUUUCUCCUCUUUCAACAAGAACCACCCUUUACUUAGUUCCAAUCCCCAUGAUCUUGUACCCUUUUUUGAGUACACACUUUAUGCUAAACAUGACAAGGUUCCUAACCUAUCCAACAUGUCUGAGCCAAGACUUUUUGGUACACACAUUCCUUUUGCGUCUUUGCCCAAUUCAAUUAAAGAGUGCAACUGUAAGAUAGUCUACAUUUGUAGGAACCCUUUUGACACUUUUGUCUCUUCUUGGUUUUUUGUCAACAAAAUCAAACCAGACUCAUCACCCAUAUUAACUCUUGAGGAAGCUUUUGAAAUGUACUGUGAGGGGAUAGUUGGGUUUGGCCCAUUUUGGACUCACAUGUUAGGUUAUUGGAAGGAGAGUAUUGAGAGACCAAGCAAGGUUCUAUUCUUGAAGUACGAGAAACUCAAAGAGAAUGUCAGUUUUCAGCUGAAAGGGGUGGCUGAGUUCUUGGGUUACCCUUUUACCUCAGAGGAAGAAAGUGGUGGUGUGAUUGAAAACAUAAUUAAGCUAUGUAGCUUUGAGAAGAUGAAGGACUUGGAGAUAAAUAAGUCUGGAACAUUUGGGAGGAACUUUGAAAAUAGGUUCUUGUUUAGGAAGGGUGAAAUAGGGGAUUGGGUUAAUCAUCUUUCACCUUCAAUGGUGGAGAAAUUAUCCCAAGUUAUAGAAGACAAAUUAGGUGGGUCUGGUUUGUCAUUUAGAGUGAACUCUUAG